AGUGGUGCCUAAAGCUAUCCAGCUCCUCUCUCUCUCUCUCUCUCUCUCUCUCUCUCUCUCUCUCUCUCCCUCCCUCCCUCUCUCUCUCUCCCUCCCUCCCUCCUCCCUCCCUUCUUCCCUCCCUUCCUCCAUACCAACCUCCCUCCCUCUCUGGAGCUCCUGCUCUCUCCCUCUCCCUCCUCUCCCGUGCUCCCUCCCUCCCUCCCUCUUUCCCUCCCUCCUCUCCUGUCCCUCUCCUCUCCUGCUAUAGAGGGCUCCGACAGCAGUUCCCAGCUAGCGUGUUCAGCCUGCCUGCCUGCCUGCCUCUGUGUGUGUGUGAGCGUGUGUGCGUGCGUCUACUUUGUACUGGGAAGAACACAGCCCAUGUGCUCUGCAUGGACGUUACUGAUACUCUGUUUAGCUUGAUUUUCGAAAAGCAGGCAAGAUGUCCAGCACACCACAUGACCCCUUCUAUUCUUCUCCUUUCGGCCCAUUUUAUAGGAGGCAUACACCAUACAUGGUACAGCCAGAGUACCGAAUCUAUGAGAUGAACAAGAGACUGCAGUCUCGCACAGAGGAUAGUGACAACCUCUGGUGGGAUGCCUUUGCCACUGAAUUUUUUGAAGAUGACGCCACAUUAACCCUUUCAUUUUGUUUGGAAGAUGGACCAAAGCGAUACACUAUCGGCAGGACCCUCAUCCCCCGUUACUUUAGCACUGUGUUUGAAGGAGGGGUGACCGACCUGUAUUACAUUCUCAAACACUCGAAAGAGUCAUACCACAACUCAUCCAUCACGGUGGACUGCGACCAGUGUACCAUGGUCACCCAGCACGGGAAGCCCAUGUUUACCAAGGUAUGUACAGAAGGCAGACUGAUCUUGGAGUUCACCUUUGAUGAUCUCAUGAGAAUAAAAACAUGGCACUUUACCAUUAGACAAUACCGAGAGUUAGUCCCGAGAAGCAUCCUAGCCAUGCAUGCACAAGAUCCUCAGGUCCUGGAUCAGCUGUCCAAAAACAUCACCAGGAUGGGGCUAACAAACUUCACCCUCAACUACCUCAGGUUGUGUGUAAUACUGGAGCCAAUGCAGGAACUGAUGUCAAGACAUAAAACUUACAACCUCAGUCCCCGAGACUGCCUGAAGACCUGCUUGUUUCAGAAGUGGCAGCGGAUGGUGGCUCCGCCAGCAGAACCCACAAGGCAACCAACAACCAAACGGAGAAAAAGGAAAAAUUCUACCAGCAGCACUUCCAACAGCAGUGCUGGGAACAACGCAAACAGCACCGGCAGCAAGAAGAAGACCACAGCCGCAAACCUGAGUCUGUCCAGUCAGGUACCUAUUGCUAGCAUUGCUCGUUCUCCAGUGUCAGGCUGCGCACUAAGGACAUAAACUCGCGUGGUUGUUACACAUCAGGAGGCGAUGUUUAUUUCCUGUAGAAAUCAAAUAUGCGUCUCGGCCCCCGACAUUGAGACUUGACCCCGUUGUACAGUACACGAGUGUGUCUGUCCUAGAUUCCCCGACUCCUCCCACUGUUAUUUUAAGCUGAGCUUCUCUCUCCCAAGGUUUCCCUGUAAUAAUGUCAGCUGCUGUUCACAGGAUGUGAUGGUGGUAGGAGAGCCAACUCUGAUGGGAGGUGAGUUUGGGGACGAGGACGAAAGGCUAAUCACUAGAUUAGAAAACACGCAAUAUGAUGCGGCCAACGGCAUGGACGACGAGGAGGACUUCAACAAUUCACCCGCGCUGGGGAACAACAGCCCGUGGAACAGUAAACCUCCCGCCACUCAAGAGACCAAAUCAGAAAACCCCCCACCCCAGGCUUCCCAAUAAGAUGAUCGGCACCAGAAUCCACUGUCAAUAGGCCCGUGGGUGAUCAUUACAAUUGCAGAUCUUUACUUACAGGAGAGGAAACAGAAGAGAUAAAAAACUUUUCCAUGCAAAUAUCUAUUUCUAAACCACAAUGAUCUGAUUUUCUUUCUUCUUUCUUUUUUUCUAAUUGAGAGGAUUAUUCCAAAUAAGCUUCCAUGACCCUUUCUUGGAGGCCUUCACAGGUAAUACAGAUACUGGCACUGAUUGUAAUUAAAAUGAGAGAAAACUCUAGCGCAUCUUCUGGCACGGUUUUAACAACGUGUUUGUGUUGAAUUUCCUUUUUAUGCAUCAAACGAAGGCCAUAUUGUCCAUAAAUGCUCAGUGCUCAGGAUCUCAUUAAUAUGCCGAACCUAACUACAGAUGACUUUUUAAUAUUGUAAAAUAUUUUCUGCUUUUUGACUUGCAUCUGAGAGUUUCUUGUUUCAGUAAAAAAAGAAAAGACAAAAAAAUCAGCUUUGGAAAGUAAUUUAAAUGUACCUUAUUUUUUUUUCUUUAUGUUUUCUUUCAUUGGGCAACAGCUAAGAGGGCCCAGCAAGGUAAUUUAUGGUUGAGCUGAUGUCAAUUGGUUCUUGUCUUGAGUUGACUCAAUUUAGCCCAAGUGCUGAAACAAGAAAUGUCAUUUUUUUCAUCAAAGACACCAGGGCAGAUUUUUAAGUAAAGAAAGACAAUUGGACCCUUAAGAAUUUAUGCAUUUGUAAAGUUGCUGUUGAUCCAAAUAUUUUCAAGCCAUGUAAUCCAUUGGUUUUGUGGGCAGUUUAAUAAACCUGAACCUUUGUGUGUUUUUUAAUUGUACCUGAGUUGACCAUCCUUUCUUUUUAUAGUAUAUUUCUUGUAUGAUAUUUUGUAAAGCUCUCACCUGGUUCUUUUAUGGGGACUUUUUGUUUUUGGGCAACUCCAGUGUAUUUAUGUGAAACUUUAUAAGAGAACUAAUUUUUCCAUUUGCAUAUUAAUAUGUUCCUCCACACAUGUAAAGACACAGUGGCUCCGUGUGUUAAAAAACAGCUGUAUUUUAUGUAUGCUUUACUGAUAAGUGUGCCAAUAAUAAACUGUGUUAAUGACCACA